UAGAGGCUGUGGAGGAGGUGAGCGGGCCUUCGAGAAAGGUGGAUGGCUGGGCUCUUGGGAGAGCCUUUAAUGGACAAAACUAAAGAAAACCAGAAUGGACAUCCACAUAACAGCAAGAUAGCUGUUGUAGAUGGUCCAAAGCGGGUUCCUGUGACCCAGAAUCGAACCCCGGGGAUUGGAAUUCAGUCACAGCGUGUUCUGAUGGCUUCAAAUGUUCCCCAGAGAGUGCCUAUUCAGUCCCAGGCACAGAAACCUGUUACCCAUCCAAAACGUCCCAACCACUUGACUCAGCAACGACCAACUUCUGCAGUUCAACCAACAUCUAGGAAUUUAGGUCCAAAUAAAUCCAGUGAAAUCUCUCAGCACCCCUCUGCACCUGGGAAAAAGCCUGAAAAUGAAGAUGUAUCAAAUCCAACAACUGAGGCCAAAGGAGUCUCAAAUUCUAAAAAUGAAAGCAAAGGGGGAUCAAAAAGUGAAACCAAAAAAAAACAGUGGUCCCUUGAUGACUUUGAAAUUGGCCGUCCUUUGGGAAAAGGAAAAUUUGGAAAUGUGUACUUGGCUCGUGAGAAAGAGAGCAAAUUCAUUUUGGCACUGAAGGUCUUGUUUAAAACACAGUUGGAAAAAGCAGGUGUAGAACAUCAGCUGCGGCGAGAAGUAGAAAUACAGUCUCAUCUUCGGCACCCCAAUAUUCUCCGGCUGUAUGGUUACUUCCAUGAUGCAACAAGAGUGUAUUUAAUCCUGGAACACGCACCUCGUGGAGAAGUGUACAAAGAACUCAAGAAGCUCACCAAGUUUGAUGAGCAACGAACGGCUACUUAUAUGACUGAACUUGCAGAUGCAUUACUAUAUUGUCAUUCAAAAAGAGUAAUUCAUAGAGACAUCAAGCCUGAAAACCUGUUGCUGGGAUCAAAUGGAGAGCUCAAGAUUGCUGACUUUGGAUGGUCUGUGCAUGCUCCAUCUUCUAGGAGGUCAACACUAUGUGGCACCCUUGAUUACUUGCCGCCUGAAAUGAUUGAAGGGAGGACACAUGAUGAAAAGGUGGACCUAUGGAGUCUUGGUGUCCUAUGUUACGAAUUUUUAGUAGGAAAGCCUCCUUUUGAGGCAGAAACGUAUCAGGAGACAUAUAGAGCCAUUUCAAGGGUAGACUACAGAUUUCCUCCUUUUGUAACAGAGGGAGCUCGGGAUCUGAUUUCAAAGCUCUUGAAACAUGACCCAAAGCACAGAUUACCGCUGGACGAUGUGCUUAAACAUCCAUGGGUUACAUCAAACUCUAUAAAAUCUCCCAAGCAUAAAAUUGUGGAAGCCACUGUUGCUAACAAAACUCAGUCAUAGCAUAAUAUGCAUUGCUGAUUAUAAUUCCAAAGUAGCUGGGAUGGCAACAAUUGUAAUGCAGCUGAUAUAGGCAAUACUGUAUAAGAUUGGGCUCAAAGUUUCCUGCAUGAUGAGCUGUUCUAUGAACUCUAUGAAGUCUGAGCUGCAGUUUAACAGGCAUGCUGUAUUGCUGGUGGUUCCAUUCAAAGCAGUCUGUGAAUAUCUUAAACAUACUUGAACUCUUCUUGCAUGCGAUCCAGAGCUGCUGAGGCACAACUUGUCCAGGACUUUCUCAGAUAAAUAGCUGCUGUUCUGUUGAUCCUCCUUGCUCCUUGAUAGUCACAUGAAGCUGUUGGAACAGUGCAAUAACACCCUAACUGCCUGCAUUUUGUAGGCUAAAGGUAACCUGUGUGGUGAGGUGAUGUGGAUGGAAUCUGCCUCAGUAAAUGUGUGCUAACUGUGCAGUCACUGUCUUCAGUUAUGAGACAUUUUGAAGCUCUCUUAAAUAAAGACUUUAUAAGUAAUAA